UUACACAAAUACAGAUUCAGUCAGAGCAAUUCAAAUUCAGUUUCUGAUGGCACGUUUCUUCCUAUACAACAGUGCCAUCUAGGCCCAUGGUUACAAAGACUCAUUUUGCUUUCUGAAAACUACAGCAGCAAGAAAUAAAAAGAACAAAUAUUGCAAAGUUCUUACUUGAUUAUAUAUGACAUCAGUACCCACAUUGAUUUUAUUUCAUAAUAAUGUGAAUAUGUUGGGACUGUGAAUUUAAUUCAGAAUGUUUCGAUAACAAAUAAUUAACGUGAAUUAAUUUUGUUGUGUUAAUAUGCCUGGGUUGUAGGUGGCAGUAAAAUCUGUGAAAACUGGUUACAGGUCUCAGAACAGUUCCGAUCUACAGCACUAAAGAUUUAAACGCCCCUAAAAAAAAACCUAGCGCGUCCGCCAUAUUGUGAGUGGCACGUUUGCUUGAGAAACCAGGACUGCUAUCCAAUGUGAAACAGGGGAGCUUUGCGCUAUUAAGACCUGACAUUAUCACCACAGAUCACACAUAGCACCCCCACUUAAAGCCCUUGAAGUGGCGUGAACAGUCAUUGUCUCGAAAAGGCCAUUCACAGUAUGGCGAUGACGUUGACGUACGAUCCGGACGCUUACUCUCGUUUGUUGAUAGUAAGGAAUAGUGUAGCUUGAUCGCAGGGUCAUUGGCUCAAUCUGGUUAGAAACAUGCCUGCGUUGAAGUUUUGUGCGAAUAUUUCCUGGCUGUUUACUGAGCUUCCAGAUUUCAGCAAGAGAAUAUAUGCGGCUGCUUCUGCCGGGUUUGAUGCCGUCGAAGCAGCCUGGCUCUACGACUCGGACCUGUCGGAACUCCAGAAAGCUAAGGAGGCAACACGAGUGGAGGUCGUCCUCAUCAACACCCCUCCAGGAGAUGUCAAGGCAGGUGAUCUCGGUUUGGGAGCAGUUCCUGGGAGAGAGCUGGAGUUUAGACAGGGUCUGGAUCUUACUCUGAAGUAUGCCAAAGCCCUGAACUGCAAGAGAAUUCACUUAAUGGCAGGGAGGAUUCCAGUGGAUGCUCACAGAGCAACGGUUUCCAGAGAGAUGGAGGAUGUUUUUGUGCAGAACCUAAGCUAUGCAGCUGAUAUCCUCUCCAAGGAAGGAAUCACAGGAUUGAUUGAGCCAAUCAACACGAGAAUCACAGAACCCCGAUAUUUUCUGGACUCCCCACAUCAGGCUGCAGCAAUACUGGAGAAGGUUGGCAAGAAAAACAUCCAGCUACAGAUGGACAUAUUUCACUGGCAAAUAAUGGAUGGAAACCUGACACAAAACAUGCACAAAUAUUUCCCCAUAAUAGCGUCAAUGAAUGCGUGCUGCAAGCCGAAGGAGAGGAUGUGCUCUGCGUACCCUGACCCACAACAUGCUGACAGCAGCGUCGCUAGGCAACAGAUGGCUGAUCAGGCCAUGCUCAGAUUGCGCAGGUUCCUUGCAGAAAUGAACCUGACAGCGAUGGGGAACUUAGUUACAGCUACCUGUUCAGUACACUGGAAAAGCUUGGUUAUCAGGGAUAUCUAGGCUGUGAAUACAAGCCAUUAGACUCCACAGAAAAGAGUCUGGGUUGGAUCAAACAGUACUGGGCCAAAUAACCUUCAUGCUGAGCUGAUCACAAAGCUGUCAUUACUCAACCUUUUGAUCAUUGACUUUUGACUUCACUGAAAGUCAAGUGGCCUUGUAUUUUACCUUUAGGUGUUCUCUGUCACCACAUGAAAACCACUGCCCAAAUCCCUGCAUCAUGAAGAAACCUUUGUACCAUAUUCUAGUUUAACGUUUUAUAGAAGAUGGAAAUUCAAAUGGAUUUAAUACGAUUGUAAAAGGUCUAUUUUAUUACAUGUGGAGAUAACAUGCCUUAAUUUUGAGACGGCUUACGUUUACUAGAACCUCAUUAUUUUGCUUUAAUCUAAAUGAUUGUGUGCUAAAUACAGUCAGGUCCAUAUAUAUUGGGACAUCGACUCAAGUCUCAUUUGUCUGGCUCUAUAAACCACAAUAUAUUUGAAAUGAAACAACCAAGAUGUACUUAAAAGCUGCAGACUUUCAGCUUUAACUUGCAAGGAUCCAAAUCAUGUAAACUGUGUCGGAAUUACAACUGUUUCAAUAUGUGCCUCCAACUUUUCAAGGGACCAAAAGUAAUAGGACAAAGUAAAAAUUAUAAUUCAAAGUUCCCUUUUUCAAUACUUGGUUGAAAAUCCUUUGUAGUCAAUCACAGCCUGAAGUCUAGAAAGCAUAGACGUCACCAGACGCUGGGUUUCAUCCCUGGUGAUGCUCUUCCAGGCCUCUACUGCAAAUGUCUUUAGUUCCUGCGUGUUCUUGGGGCAUUAUCCCUUCAGUUUUGUUUUCAGCAAGUGAAAUUUGCCAUUGAAUAAAAUUCCACUUCUUUGCCUUAAAAAGCUCUUUUGUGGCUUUCACAGUAUGAUUUGGGUCCUUGUUCAUCUGCACUGUGAAGCGCCGUCCAAUGAGUUUGGAGGCAUUUGGCUGAAUAUGAGCAGAUAACAUUGCCUGGAUCACUUUAGAAUUCAACCUGCUGCUUUUGUCAACAGUCACAUCAUCAAUACAAGGGAAGCAGUUCCAUUUGCAGCCAUAAAAGCCCAUGCCAUGACUUUACCACCAUGCAUGGGAAUCCCCUGUAUUUUCUCUGAUGAAGUCUUCUCAUGAUUGUUAACUUUGACACACACACACACCUUCCUCCUGGAGAGUGCUUUAAUCUGGCCUAUUUUUGUGAAGGGGGGUUUUCCCUCACCAGGGAAAGAAUUCUUGGCUCAUCCACCAUAUUUGUCUUUCGUGGUCCUCCGGUGUUGUGGUGUUGUUAAGCUCACAGUGUUCUUUCUUUUUGAUGAUAUUCCAAACUGUUGAUUUGGCCACACCUAAUAUUUUCGCUAUCUCUCUGAUGGGUUUGUUUUGAUUUUUCAGCCUAAUGAUCGCUUGGCUUCACUGACGGUGAUAGCUCUUUGGAUCUCAUAUUGAGAAUUAACAGCAACAGCACCCAAAUUACUAAUAUAACAAUUGAAAUUAACUUUGGGCGUUUCAUCUGCUCCUUAUGAAUGAAAUUAUGAGGGAAGAGCACACACCUGGCCACGGAACAGCUGAGCAGCCAAUUGUACCAUUACUUUUGGUCCCUCUGAAAAGUGGGCAGCACACAUUCAAACGGUUGUAAUUCCUACACUGUUCACCUGAUUUGGAUGUAAUUACCCUCAAAUUAAAGGUUGUUUUUAUUUUAAAUCUAUUAAAAGAUGUAUGGACCUGAUUGUAGAUUAAUAUAUUUAAUAAAGAAUUAGGGCCCUGUUAACACAACAUUUUCUGGUGAAAAUGGAAAUGUUUAGUUCCGUUGGCACAAUUUGACAACUGGUUCCAGAUUGUAAUGAUUUGAAAACAUCCCAGUCUUUGUUGUGUAGAUGGGGAAAAUUGCUGACUCCUUUGAAUCUAACCGCGGUACAUCUAAUGUCUUAUUUUUCUAGUAAUCAAAUGUUCAAAAUGGUGGAAUGGAAUGUUGAAAGUGUUUUAUUUCAUUCUUAUUGAAAUUUCAUUUAUUGUUGACCUACUGAGCAAAGAUGGAAGAAUUGCAUUUCAUUGAUAAGAAUUCAGAUGUUCUCUAUGUCACAAGAUUUAGAUAAAUCUGUUUAAGAUACUAUGCUAUUCUUGCCACAAAAUGGCAAUGAUAUGUUUGAUUAACACACUCACCACAUCUUCAGUCUCCAGUGUAUGGAAGCAAAUAUGUUCCAAUAUUCAAAUUAAAAUGUAUUAAUAAAAUGCUUUUUCAUUUUCAAAAUGAAGCUGUGUUUUUUGACACACAAAUAAAAUUAAAACUAAAUCAUUCAAA